ACAGCAAUAAUGCAAUCUAAAGAGCCUCGUGGAACUCAAACCAAACUGAAACGGAGAACUCGGACCAUUAAUGAGUUUGACGAUUCAGACUUGAAUCAGGCACCCAUUGCAGUGAGUCAUGACACCAGUGCUAUUGCAGUACCACAGCCACAUGUUCCAAACCACCUUCUAACUGUGUCUUUACUGGAGCUCAUCUGCAGCAUAUAUGAGCCAGAGCCAAGGAAAAGCUAUGAGAUAUUCAAAGUACUGUGCAGUUACCUAGCCAGCCUGAAGGUGAUGUCCCCACUUGUUUACCUGGAUGAGCUUAGUAUGAUCCGGUCACAGUAUAGAAAACAGCUGCCAAACCUACUGAGAGCUGCCAGGAGGCAUGUCAACAGUGAAUUUGGUCCACCAAAGGCUUUGCCCUCCUCCAAGAUGUUCCCAACAGUAAAUCCACAGGAAAGUCUCAUACGUAAUGCGAGCUUUGACGAUCUGAUGCACAUGCACACAUCAAGGUACACAGAGGAGUUUGUGGAGCAGGAGAAACUGGGCAGAGGAGGGUUUGGAAGUGUAUAUAGGGUCAAGCACAAGUUAGAUGGGUGUGAGUAUGCAGUGAAGAAAAUUAGAUUGAAACCCAAUCAGCCAGAGGGGUGGGUGAAGAUUCUCAGAGAGGUGAAAGUUUUAGCCAACUUGAGUCACCAGUACAUAGUGGGUUAUAAUGCUGCCUGGCUGGAACAGACCCCCACAAUGUCAGCCAAACCACCCCAGGGUCCUUUACCAAGCACACCAAUCAGAGAUCUGGAUGAUAUGUCCGAUUCAGAAGAAAGCAGCGACAGUAAUAACUUUGACCAAGAAUCUUUCUCAACCUCACCCCAGGAUGCAGACCCUGGGGGUUACGGGGAGGAGUACAGUGGAACAAGUAUUGUGUUUGAAGACAGCAUCAAGGUCACCUCAAUGCAAGAGGGUAACCUUAAAAUUGAGACUAACACUGAGACAUCAAUGCGCAGACAAGUUACCACUAAACUAAAAUAUAAAUACUCAAGGAGUCCAAAUAAAACAACUGAGACUAGCAAAAAAGUGGAGUCUGUAAAGUGCAGGAGUCUCCUACCUUAUAGUCCUUUGGUGCCAAAUUUGAAUGCUUUAUUUGUACCAGAAAUGCAAAGAUUAGUUGAGAGAACCAAGCAUAUGACUGUAGACUCUCAUGAAGAGGAUGAUGCUGUAUUCUCGUCCACUGAUCCUACAAGUUCUGCCACAAACGCAGAGAGCAAUGAACCCAGAUUAAAGAACUGGAGUGCUAAUAAAACUCUCGGGACUUUUCCCGUUGGAGCAAUGGCUGAUAUACCCAGCAGUAGAACUAAUAGAUUAUGGCAGCGGCACCAUCUUCCCAGGAGGAGCCAAAGCCAUGAGCCAUCUCUAGCAGGGGAUGGGUUGAUAGACAGUGAGAUACACAGUAUUAUGCACACUGCAGUGCCCUGUGAAACUUUUGUGACAAAUAAAGUGACUCUGUAUAUCCAGAUGCAGCUCUGCUCCCACACACUGGGGGAGUGGCUGAGUGAGAGGAACGGUUGUUUACAGGCUGGACAGGAUCCAUUCUCUGUUGUGGAGGUGGAGGAACUGAUGUGGAUUGCCAAGCAGAUAUUUAAAGGGGCAGAGUACAUACAUUCACAGGGAUUGAUACACAGAGACCUCAAGCCAAGGAACAUAUUCCUCCAUGGGGACAAGCUUCAGGUGAAGAUUGGAGACUUUGGUUUGACGAGGGAAGAUAUCCUACUGGAGAGCCCUACCAUGUUCCCACUCAGUCCUUUUGGAAAAAAUACAAUGUCAGCUGCAUGGAGUUCCUGCAAUGAGACCCCGUACACCUCGGGGAUAGGGACCAGUAUUUAUGCUGCACCUGAGCAACUAGCUGGAUCAUGUUAUGAUAGCAAGAGUGACAUGUACAGCCUAGGUGUGAUAUUGUUUGAACUGUUUCAUCCAUUUGGGACAGAGAUGGAGAGAAUACAGUGUCUGAUGGCUCUGAAAGGUGGCAGCACUGAAGUCAUUCCCCAGGUGAUCAGGACAAACUGGCCAAUCAUUGCUCAAACAAUAGAUCUGCUGACAGACCCGACUCCUGUCAGGCGCCCAUCUGCCACUGAUGUACUGCAGAGUGAACUUUUCCUGAGCAAAGAUCAGAUUAUCAAGUCACUGAGGAAUACAAUCACAAAGCAAAAUGACGAGAUUGCAAAUCUUAAAGAUAAACUAGCUGAGAAAGAAGCAUUGCUGGAAGCUUUGCAGAUUGAUAUACAGUCACCAGUUGUAUAAGGAAUAUAGCAUUAAAUUAUGGAUACUAAUUUUGUUGGUGUACAAUUGCUUGUCUACCAGAUAAAAAUAUUUCAUUCAUUUGACUACUACU